AUGGCAAGGGCAGUGUUCAAACUUUCAACGGGAGGCCGGUACAAGAUCACUAAAUUCAACGAGGGCCACACGCACUCCAUGGUUCCAGUCGAUACACGGAAUUUGAUGCACAGUAACAGGAAUGUCGACGAAUUCCAACAAAGGCUUAUCAUAUCCGGUAUCAAGGCUAACAUUGGCCCAAUGCGUACCUUUCGUUUGGCCAAAGAGAUUCUAGGUAGUUAUGACGAUGUCGGAUGCACUGGCAACGACUUUAAGAACUUUGCGAGAGACUUGAAGGUGCAUUCUAAGGGAUCCGAUGCCCACAUGUUGUUGGAGUCUUUUUCCAACAAACAGGAGCUAGGAAACGGAUUUAAAUUCUUUCACCAUGUAGAUGAAGACAAUAAAUUGUGUCGACUAAUUUGGGUGGAUGAGAUGUCUGUUAAGAACUACAAGUUUUUUGGCGACGCAGUGUCGUUUGAUGCUACAUACUGCACCAAUAGAUACAAGAUGAUUUUCACUCCUUUUACCGGUAGAGACAACCACGGGAAGUGCAUCUCUUUCGGUGCAGGAUUAAUCUCUCACGAAAACAUGGAGUCGUAUGCAUGGGUGUUGGAUAGGUUUGUUGAUAUAAUGGGCCAUGCACCUCGUUUAUUCAUUACCGAUCAAGAUCCAGGACUCAAGAAAGCCGUCGCCUCUUCUUGGAAAGAAACCCGUCACAGGUUUUGCAUGUGGCACAUAAAUACGAAAGUUGCCGAGAAGUUACCUCAAAAGUUGAGAGAGGAUGCGGAUUUUAGGGGUAUGUAUGAUGGACUGGUUUGGAAUGAGAACAUCGAUCCAACAGUGUUUGAAGAAAAUUGGAAUAACAUGAUUGAGGAAUAUGACCUUGCCUCGAGCAGAUGGUUCUCCGACAUGUACGAAGAUCGUGCAAAGUGGAUCCCGGCAUUUUUUAGAGAUGUACCUAUGAGUGGCUUUUUCCGAACCACAUCGAUGUCUGAAAGCGAGAAUAGUUAUUUCAAACGCUUUAUCCAAAAGAACUCCGAUCUUGUGGUAUUGUAUACUAACUUCUGCAGUGGUCUUGAUUCACAAAGAUAUAAUUACAAGCAGGCGACACAUGCCGACGAGACACGUUCUCCCAUGAUGAAGACAAAUCUACCCAUUGAAUGUAAUGCAGCGGCUGUAUACACAAAUGCGAUGUUCAAGGAGGUUCAGGAGCAGAUAGACUGUUCAAGCAGAGCUUGUGCAAUGCGGAAGAUGUUUUCCGAUGGCGACGACAUCAUUUAUGAGAUUGAGGACAAACUAGAUGGUCUCUUUACUGUGUGCCGUUUACACCCACAUGACGACGUCGUAUGUAGCUGCAAAUUGUUCACCCGGAAAGGUAUCCCUUGCAUGCAUAUGUUUCUUGUGUUUAGGAAUAUGAAUCUCGACACUAUUCCCCAUAAGUACGUUGCGGCGAGAUGGUGCAAGUAUAGCAUCUUGUGUCCAAAUGAUUCAACAGAUCAAGUGCAAAAUUAUGACAAGCAUUCCAAAUCUAAUUUGGAGCUUCGCAUAUUCAAGAUUGCGAGUGAAUCCAUUGGAUACGUUAGGGGCAAUGAAGAGUUGUGUAACCAAUUAUAUGAGAAUCUCAUUGAAGUUAGGGACAAGUUUGCCAAGCUCGGAACUCCGGAGAACUCAUCCUUGUCGAAGAACAGGAUUUUCGAUGAGUUUUAUGGAUCGUCUCCAACCGAAACUCCAUCUGUUCUGCCACCAGAUGUCGCUAAGACUAAAGGGAGUGGUGCUGGUGGACGUAGAAAAUCGAAAAAAGAAAAGGCAAUGCUGCUUGCACAGAAACCCAAGCGGCUUUGCAGGAAAUGUAAGACAAGGGGCCAUCAUGAUUCAAGAAACUGCCCCACAAAGGAUGACGCAGAUCUUAGUUCCUAG